GAAGGACGCUACUAGGCGAAGAGUGGAUGGUUUCUUGCGAAUCGAUCUCGGGAGACGCGCCUCCCGAAGUGGAGGAGGACGAGGCCCUUCGAAUUGGCAAAGGCGAAGAUCGUCCGACACCAGAGAUCCAGAUGGCGCCUUCGAGUUCGAAGAAGACUCUCGAGAAUGAGUCCGUGAAAAGUGAAAAUUGUGAGAAAAGUGAAAAGUUCCGCCUGGGUAGAACCAGAACGAAAAGCUCCUGCAACAAAAGUUUUAGACGCCUUGAAGGCAGUGCUACGAGAAAUCGUGGAAAGAACCUAGUGAAGCCUAGUGCCGGCGUCGAACCUAGUGACGGCUUUGAGAGUAGAGCAGAGUUGGAGUUGGUGGGCAAAAAGCAACAUUGCAUGAGACUGCAGAAGUUCGUAGCGUAUGCGUUCCGCAGUGAACUGGCAGUGGCGGAGAACGGCGUGGAUGGCAGCUUUCCUCGUGCGGCAGUGAGUGCACAUCACGCCUGCGAACAGCGCAAGGUCUACGUGAAUGGGGAGCCUCGAGCCAACGACUCCUUCGUGCAUGAUGGUGACUUAGUGGCGUUGGAACUAGAGGAUGUCCGCCACAACUUGGAUCAUCGACCCCACGAGGCGCAAGUUGGAGCAUCAGCUUGGAUCAUCCACCACAACUUGGACGAGGGUCAUCAACUACACGAGGAGUGCGGCGCAACCCUACAUAGUGCACUGGAUUCAAAAAAUGGGCACUCCUCCGCCUCCCAGAUCCGCUGGCGGGGAAGCAGCGCUUGUGUCCGCAUCAACCCGGGGAGAAGGAAAAAUGACUUUCAUGAUUACGCGUGUCCUUGUAAUCCUGUCUCUCCUUCAUUUCCUCUUAACCUGCUUCUCUACAAGACAUCUAGCCUGUACAUGUUGAUGCCUGUGUAA